CUGCUUUGACAUCUAACCCGUUCAAUUCAUUCCAAUGAGCGAUAAAUCAAAGUGGAGUGUUGACUUUGCGUCACUAGAAUCCACCUCUAGAGCUUCGAGCAUCCCAAGUCCCGUUGGAUUUGAUGGAAACUGGGCGAUUCAAAACUCACGAGAAUCUAGCAAAGCGUCGCGUUCAGCGGAUGCAGAUCACAACGACAUGACUUUGAAAGCUAGGAGAGCUUGGGACGUUGCCAUGGGACCAGCAAAGACCAUUCCCAUGAAUGCUAUUAUGAUUUACAUGAGCGGCACUGGUGUUCAGAUCUUCAGUGUCAUGAUCACUGCCAUGCUCUUUUGGCAACCUAUCAAAGCUAUUUUCACCUUGAAUCAAACAUUUGAGCGGUUUGAACCCACCGGCGCUGCAAAGAAUCAUCCUGAAGCGAGCUUGCUUACAUCCAAGGCAACCUUCCUAGCUCUGCAAUUGGUCACUAUCGGCCUUGGCAUUUACAAAGUCAAUGCCAUGGGUCUGUUACCCACAACCACUUCGGACUGGCUGGCAUUUAUGCCACCAAAGCAGAUCAUGGAAUAUUUUGCUAUAUAGUUGUACAUCAUGGAGUAUUAAUAAACCAAAACUUAUACAAUACAA